GACAGCGGUUAGCUUUCUGAGGAAGUCAUUCAUCCGCAUAGCUAGAGUAAAUUCUGGCUGCGUUUCGAACCCUACUGAGCUGCCUAACUAGACAGCAUUCGAGACGUUCCGAGUCAGCUACCCGCUGACUGACUUUGGUAUUUAAACUGAUUCGAGCUGUAGUGAGGAGCAAAAAUACUGUCUAGCUAGGCAUUUCACUGAGGCUUUGGGACACAGUCCGCCAUAUGUGGCUAAGGGGAGUUCCCAAAUGAUUCCCGCAAGCUAAACAUGCCUUGACAGAAGUUUUCUUGUUAUUUUCCGAAUUAUAUGCAACUCCAGUUAUAUUUUUAUCGUACAAACCCCACACUGAUCACGAGUUGCAAGCAGUGAAAACGGGAUCUAAACUCCUCAAAAGAGAGGAGUCAACUAGACUCAAGGUUUGUUGUCUGAUCAUCAAUGUAUUAAUUUUCUAGAAGGGAAAGAUGUUAUCAUUCGAGGAAGCUAAAGCGAGGUUAGAAACGGCAGGACAGAGCCAUGUUUUACAAUUCUGGGCUGAACUUUCUGGGGAAGAAAGCAGUGCGCUUCUGGAGGAGAUAUCUAGGCUCCAGCCCGAAGAGUUACUCGAGCACUGCCGAGCAGCUGCUGAGGCUGCAAGCCGACACUCGAGUGCUGAUGGUCGGCUAGACGCCCGGAUGAAGCCCGUUCCUCCAGAGUUCAUUGGAAGUGUGCGUAAAAGUGAGAAAGAAACGCUUCAGUUAUGGGGUGAUGAAGGGUUACUGCAGAUUUCACAGGACAGAGUGGCUGUUUUGCUGUUAGCCGGUGGUCAGGGGACUCGGCUUGGAGUGCCAUAUCCCAAGGGCAUGUACAGUGUUGGGCUGCCAAGUGGAAAAACCCUGUACCAGAUCCAGGCUGAGCGUAUCCAGAAGGUGCAAGAGCUGGCCAAUGUGAAGCAUGGUAGUAGGUGCACAAUACCAUGGUACAUAAUGACCAGUGAGUUCACUCUGGAACCCACAGAGAAGUUCUUCAAAGACAAUAAAUAUUUUGGUCUUUGUCCAUCCAACGUAGUCAUAUUUGAGCAGAGAAUGAUACCAGCUGUAGGCUUUGAUGGAAAGAUCAUCCUGGAGAAGAAAGGCAAAAUAGCCAUGGCACCAGAUGGAAAUGGCGGCCUCUAUCAUGCUUUAGUGGACAACAAGAUUUUAGAGGACAUGCAGAGAAGGGGUGUGGAGUAUCUUCACGUGUACUGUGUGGACAACAUCUUGGUGAAGAUGGCAGACCCAGUCUUUAUUGGCUUUUGUGUAAACAAAGGAGCAGACUGUGGUGCCAAGGUGGUGGAUAAGGCAUAUCCUGCAGAGCCGGUUGGAGUGGUGUGUCACGUGGACGGCCUGUAUCAGGUGAUUGAGUACAGUGAGAUCCAACCAGAGACCGCAGAGCUGCGAGGCCCAGGAGGAGAGCUCCUGUUCAGUGCUGGGAACAUCUGCAACCACUUCUUUACCCGAGACUUCUUAAAGGACGUGGCUGAAAAGUUUGAGAGUCAGCUGAAGCAGCAUGUGGCUAUCAAGAAAGUGCCAUUUGUGGAUGGAGAAGGGAACCUGGUGAAACCAACCAAGCCCAAUGGCAUUAAAAUGGAGAAAUUUGUAUUUGACGUCUUUCAGUUCUCAAAGAAAUUUGUCGCCUUUGAGGUGUUGAGAGAGGAGGAAUUCUCACCCCUAAAAAAUGCUGAUGGGGCGCCUUUGGACACACCGACUACAGCACGCCGUUCCUUGUUAGCACAACAUUACCGCUGGGCUCUGGCAGCUGGUGGAAUCUUCCUGGAUGAGCAGGAUAAACCCAUCCCCCCAAAACAUAGUAUGUCACAGAAUGAAGACCCCCCAGCAAUCUGUGAAAUCUCUCCACUUGUAUCUUACUUUGGCGAGGGGCUGGAAAAGCUGCUGAAACAGAAGAACUUGAGGUCCCCUUUUCUACUUGAUGAGAAUGAAGCAGAGAAUCUUAUGAAAACUGCAUAGUGUUUUCAACUGAGGAUUCCAUCAUGUCCAGGGCCAGGCAAAUAUUAAAGGAAUUGAAAGGGAUAUUUACAAAAAA